GUCCUUUAAUUUUUUUCCGGCUUUCACCUCGUGGCCAUUUUAAUCACUACGUCAUGACCCCUUAAGCUGUUUAUGUUGUAGUGUGGGAUGUCAUCACGAUUCUCGAAAGAGAAGGCUCUGCAUGUCAUGUCAGGGUUCGGUGGGAGUCACUACGCUCAAUCGGAGCAGAGAACUUCACGUGUAUCAGUGUGCAUUCGAUCGAGAGCCGUUCUUAUACGGAAACCUGUCAGGCGGAGCCUCUGCUGAGUCUGAUUGGUCGGUCACCAACAGAUUUUUCCUUUCACCGCAGAAGUUAGCUGAACAGCCUGAACUUUGAUACAUUUGGUAUCAUCUUAUGAUUUCAUUGAAAAUUUGCAGCGAUAUCGUAAUGCAAAUUGGCUGCUUGCGUCUCGUGCGUACUCACAGUCACGGUGUGUGAGUUUUAUCUAGGGUUGUCUUCGUACUGGUAUUUCCUCCCGGUCACGCCAGGCAGAGGUCGAGACUCCCCGUCAUGAUGAUGAAGAUAUGAGCGCAUGGGGCGCGUGCCACUGAUGAUGACGCGAAGGGACUGGUCCUAGGUUGGAAUUACGGAGGCGUAAAUGGUCGAUCGUUUGACCAAUUAGACUUGUCUAAAAGGUAUCAAAUUCAACUGGAUUGUUUUAGCUCUUCGAUUAGUUCCCGAUCUUCUUCAGAGCCCGGCAUCGCCCCAGGCCAAAAACGAUUCUUGUCGGAAGUGGGCGCAAUGAAGCGAAAUCCUUUUUUUGUGAUUUUGAUCCAAGCCAGAAGGGGAGAGGUGGGCGAUUUCGAUUGAAUUACUCGAUUGAAAAUGUUGCCACUGGCCUGUAAUAAUCUCGUCUUGGUCCCCAAAUCGAUUUUUGUUAGUGCUCAACAUAUUUGAGAAGAUCUAUGUUUGCUUAUGGCGCCUUGUAAAGGUCGCACACCCAGUAGUAAUGAACAGGCGGUAAACCAUGCAUCCCAGUCCUCAACGGGAACGAAACUGCAAACUCCCGAUGAGCGGACAAGGACACAAAGUUUAACACGUUCUAUAGGCACGGCGGAAUUGAUCGGAAUGAUCCCUGGUCCGGAUACCAACGAGGAUGUGUUGACAGCCAAGCCCCCGUCUGCAUCUCGAGGUACACAAGGCAAUACUGGAACUCUCGAAACAACUGUCCUGGAGCCCAGGUGCCGGGCAUGCAGCAGUGUUCACUCUAAUAUUGGCCGCCCGUGUGGUAGUUGAAACUUGGCCGCGGCGGCGGCGCCCGCCCGCCCGAGGGGAAUGAUAGGGUGUCUACCUGUCAGAGAGACGAAAACAUAAUAUCAUGAAAUGGAUGGGGUUCGUGAUGAUUGAAUGCCUGUGUGUCCCUAGGCUACUAGUUACUCAGUAACUCACCAGCACAAAACAUAAAGUAGCCCGAC